GUCGCCCGAGUCUUGCGGGUGUGGUGGUAAGUAGGGACACCAGUGGAGUGAAUCCAAAUCAGUGACGCGAGUGAUAUUUACUGAUAUAGACGCGUAUUUACUUUGUACAUCUCUCUUUACGCCACCUUAUUUUAUUUACUUAAAAUGUCUGCCAGAAAAACAGCCGGUCGUCGAGCAACGACAAAAAAACGUGCUCAACGCGCAACAUCAAAUGUGUUCGCGAUGUUCGACCAGGCUCAAAUCGCUGAAUUUAAAGAAGCAUUUAAUAUGAUCGAUCACAACCAUGAUGGGUUCAUUGACAAAGAAGAUCUUCAUGACAUGCUUGCGUCACUAGGAAAAAGUCCUACUGAUGAGUACCUUGAAGGCAUGAUGAACGAAGCACCUGGACCAAUUAAUUUCACAAUGUUUUUAACAUUAUUCGGUGAAAGGCUUCAGGGAACGGACCCGGAAGAUGUUAUUAAAAACGCAUUUGGUUGUUUUGAUGAAGAAAAUAACGGGCAUAUCAACGAAGAACGUCUUCGUGAACUUUUAACAACUAUGGGAGAUCGGUUCACCGAUGACGAUGUUGAUGAAAUGUACCGUGAAGCCCCGAUUAAAGGAUCAAUGUUUGAUUACAUUGAAUUCACUAGGAUUCUGAAGCACGGAGCUAAAGACAAGGAUGAACAGUAAAGAUAAAUAAUAACAAUACAGAAUAUGACUUGACUAUCUUAUAAACUUUUUUGUCCAAGUAUUUAUGAAUUGAUUAUAACUUACUCGAGUUCAACUGAUAGUAUGGUUUUACUGUGAAAAAAGAAAGCGUAUGCAGUAAAAAAUGCUUACGCGGUUUCGUAACUUAUUUUGUUACUUAAUUUUCAGAAUUUAAAAUGCAUUUGUUUUCUUACUGUCUUUCUAACUUUAGCUGUUGAAAAAUUAGUAUUUAACCUAUUCCAGAUUUUUUUACGUAAUGUAAUGCCAUCAUUUUUUUCAUAUUAAUUAUUAUUAAUAUAAAUCAUUGAAUUAAAUUGAAUAUUGUAAAAUAUACAUAUAUAACAUAUUAUAUAUUUAGCUGACAUAUAAUUGGCAUUUGUAUUUUAAUAUAUCGAAAAAAUAUCAAGACUAAA